GGUGUGGAGGUCUGUGUCCUCUGUUGGUGCCACCCAGCUUCAUCAGCAGAAGCUGAAUCUUGUGCUCUGGUCUGUUCAGCAGACUAUGUUGGAGGUGUUUUAAGAGGCCUUUGAACACCUACGGACCGUCGUUUAGAAGCGUUUGGAAGCCGGACAGUUAUUUUCCAGUGAAGCUUCCUUUAGAAACUGGUGGCUACGUGGGCGAUUGUUCCUUCAGCGCUGCUCAGCCAGUCUUGGCUACAAGUACCUGAUAAUUACCUGGGACGAGCUUAUUUAGCCACAGUGUGCAGUUCAUUGUCGGCUGCUGCUGUGCAGAGAUGUGGCGCAGACUCUCGCUGCUGAUGCUCUGCUGGGCUGUGAGAACUCUCGGUGCUCUGGAGGCGGACAGAAGCGCGGAGCCCUCGCCGGAGAAGAUGCUGCCGACCGGGGCAGCAGACCUGGCUGAGCGGGGCAAGGGUGCGCCCUCCGCGGCUACAGCGGAGGACAGCCAGCGGGCAGGGGAGCGGCUGUCCCCCGGAAGAGACGCUUCUUUUGGGGGUGCGGAGGGGGGAGUCCAGCAGUCCACCGCCGAGCCUCUGGAGGAUGAACUGGACAACCAAGAGAAUAUCAUCAGCCAGCUGCUGGGGGAUUAUGACAAAGUCAAGACUGUGUCAUCAGGGUCCGACUGUGUGUGCCGCUGUAUUGUUCGACCAAUCAAGCGCUCUGACUGCAGCCGUAUCCAUGACAGCGACCUGGCAUCGCCAUCUGAGGCUUUUUACACUGUGGAGACAGUUACCAAGGGAACGGACUGCAAGAAGUGUGUGUGCAUGGCUCCACCUACAGCUGUCAACCCCUGCGAGGGAGAGUACAGGUUUAAAAAACUGCAGGAGGCCAGCAAAGAUGACAUUAAGCUGGCCACGAUCAUAGACUUGUUGGAGGGCUCUCUGUAUGGAAUGGAUUUGUUAAAGCUAAACUCUGUCACCACCAAGCUGCUGACCAGGGUGGACAACAUGGAGAAGGCUUUUGCGCGUAAUUUUACUGAGAGAGCAAGAGAGAAAGAGCGCAUGAAGGAAAGAGCAAAAGAAAAGGAGAAAGAGAAGAAGGCCCAGCAGAAAAAAAAGAAAGCGAAUGAUCUGGAGCGUGCAGGACAGAAAAGUGGAGCAGCUGCCUACGCCAAGCAGAAAAAUUAUGAAGUUCAGCUGAAGAAGAACCAACAGCAAGAUGGUCUGGAACAGCCAAUCAGGAAUAAGACAGGCUCUCAAAAGCCAAUCAAAUACAAGACAGAACCAAAGCAGCCAAUCAAGGACAAGAACAGCAUGGUCAUUAAGGGCGUGACCUUUUACAAGGCAGAGGAGGCGAACUACAACGAGGAGGAGGACGAGGAGGAGGUGGAGGAGGAGGAGAAAGGAAAGAGUACUACUCUAACUACAGAUGCCUCAGUGGAUUUACUGAUCUCUGACCAGCUCCCAGGACCUUCAACCUCUGUAAGCGCAGAACUAGACCUUCAGGACCUAUCGAGGACACGCAGCAGGCCUGCACCCACCCAGCAGUCAACAGAUCCCUCAACUACCUCCCCACGAACCACAACCACAACCAAACCAGCUCCCACCACCAUCAAACCAACGACUAAAUUAACAACCAGCACACCACCAAAAAUUGCAAAACUAACAACUACUGAACUGAGAACUACUUUCCAGCAAACUACAACUACCAUUCAGCCUACCAUGCACGUCAAUCAGCAUACCACGUCAGCCUCAGAUACCAAUGUAGGUCCACCCAUUGAUGCGUCUCCCACGGCAGACUCUCAGCCAGGACCUAAAAGUCGACUCAGCUGGACGGAGAGCCCCGCUGACCAACCAAAGCCCACAAAAAAGCCUGCAGUGUGUAAGGACACAGUAGCCAGCUUCUCUGAACCGGUCCAGCAGAACUCUUAUGGCCUAAGUGAUGGAGCGUGGAUGAGAGAUGCUCGUGGCCAUGGCAACGUCAUCUACCUUACCAAUGGUCACUAUGGCAACAACCUCCUAGAGUUCCGAGACAUGGACGCCUUCAAAUCAGGUCAAGCAAGUAAUUCAUACAAGCUGCCCUACAGUUUCACUGGAACGGGCCACGUCGUGUUUAAUGGAGCUUUCUACUACAACCGUGCCUUCAGCAGGGACGUGAUCAGAUACGACCUGAGACACAGAUAUGUAGCAGCCUGGAACACACUGCAUGAUGCUUUACUGGAGGAGCAAGCUCACAGGACUCAGACUGAGGUGGAGUUUGCUGUUGAUGAGUCCGGCCUGUGGCUGCUCUACCCGGCUCUGGACACAGAGGGCUUCCAUCAGGAGGUGAUCCUUCUCAUUCACCUCCACCCCCGAGACCUGCAGCCAAUAAGGAGCUUCCGCACAGGUCUUCGACGUGGCCGCUACGGAAACAGCUUCCUGGUGUGCGGCGUGCUUUAUGCGGUGGACAGUACAGAGCGGCAUUACGCUAAUGUGACAUACGCCUAUGACACGCACACGCUCACACACACCGUGCCGGGCCUGGCGCUCACGAACAUGCACGCUCACACCUCCCAGCUGGCUUACAGCCCGCUAGACAAGAAGCUGUAUGCAUGGGACGGUGGACACCAGAUGACCUAUGAUGUCGUCUUUGCUUAUUAACACAAGGGAUGGACACACACACGGAAGAAAUUCUGAAUGAGUGUGAAUAAGAUAAUAACUGAACAGAUGUUGUGUCAAUGUUUGUUUCUAAAUGACUGUGGAUCAGUCUGAAGCAGGGAAUGUGGUUUUAUGUUGACCCCCGCUGCUGCUUUGCCUCUCACACCAAAGUCUUAACAAGCAAGAGCAGCAUUUAACUCACAAAAGAAGUCAAACUAGUGAAAAUAUUUCACCUUUGGAAAAGGACAAAACCGCAGAGGUCAUAUGAAUGAAUGUCUACACAUCUUAUUGUGGUGUGGUGGAGAAAUCACUGUGAACCGUACAGAGAUGGCUCCAAUGAUUACCAUGUUAAUCCCAUUCUUCAAGAAAAUGUGCUUCCAGAAGUUGAGUUUGUGGACUUUUUCUCACGUCAAUUUAUGUUUCAGUGUGGAGGGUUCUCCAUUUAUUCCACAUCAGAAAAAAAACAAGGCUCAUCAAAAAUCUUUUUACUAGUCAGAGGGAGCUUUAUCCACCUUGUAGAAACAGCAGUAUGAACUGCUCAGGAGGAUGUUUGUAAAGAAGCCUGAGACAGUGACGGUUAUCAUGUUGUGUCUUAAAUAAUCUUAAAUCAAAAGUCCACUCACUAGUUCAUUUAUUCCUGCUGUGCUUAAAUGGAGGUGUGGAGAAAGACUUGGUUGUUGGCCGGUCAGGAAGGGUCAGAUGAAAAGAUGCUAUUGGUUGCAUUGUGGGAUAUGUAGGAUCCAGUGUUUUUGGUACUAAAAGUCAAGAUAUCUUGGUUCUGCUGAGUCACUUUUUAGCCAUUUUUUCAUCCCUUAAAGAACCCUGAACAACGUUGCUGUUGUGUUUUUUCAUUAAUCAUGUAUUCACAGCAUCAAACCACAUGUGCCUAUGAAUGCUUAUGCCACUAAAAAUCUUUUAGUCAUUAAGCUACUGUAAAGGUGCCAAGUCAGAAAUCUAAUGUCAGGUAAAACCAGGGUUAGGGUUGUGUUUAAUAUACAGCAUUCCCUUCUAGUUAUUAUGCUUUUAUUUUCUGUAUGUAAUGAAGCAGCAGUUUAUUUUCUUAUACGGUCAAAGUGUUUUUUUACUGUAUGUCUGCUUAGUGUGUUGUAUAUUUACCUUCACUCCUGUCCUAUCAUACGUUUUUAGUGCAGGUGGGACUGGAAGCCUGGUGAGGUUAGUGCUUUUUCUACCGUUGAAGCUCAUUUAUUUAAAACCAUUUUCAAACUAGCACAUGCUCCACACUGCUUUACUUGUUGAAAAGAAAAAAAACUGCCAAGACAAGGUUGAUUUCAGCUGCUUUACAACAAGUUUGCCUUUUUAUUUUGUUAAUUUAUAA